UAUUGAGCGAAUUGUUUUAAAGUUAAAUCUAAAAUACAUUUUUUUAAAAAGGGAAUUACCAUUAAAUGAAAUAACAAAAUAUAGUAUGCAUUGAAAUUGAACGACAAAACUAGUAAAGAACAAUGUGCGUUGUCACGAAAAUAUAUUUGUAUUUAACUAAAUGUUUAAAUAGUUAUAUUAAAUAAUAAUCUUUUAUUAAUACAAACCAAAAUGAACUACGCAAUAUUUACAAUAUUAUAUCAUAUUUUUAUUAUUUCUGACGAAGUAACACUGGCAUCGAAGCAAGAAAACAACUUUCAUACUCUGACAGUAUGCCGUGGUCAAAUGAGAUCAAUCGCAUGCCCAAAUAUACAGCUCCUUCACAUAUAUAAUGCUUUCUACGGAAAGCUGAGUGGUCAUGAUUGCCAAGAUCCAGUUUCGCAACUAAGAGAUCAAAUUCCAACAUGCUUUUCUAGAGAUGCUCCUAGAAUUAUCAGAGAAGCUUGUCAGGGUCAACAGUCAUGUGACUUAUACGCAGAAGACAGUCUUUACAAUGAUCCUUGUCCGUUAGUGAAUAAGUAUUUGUUUGUGUCAUUUACAUGUCAAGGCAAAUCAAAUCUUUCUGACAAACUGAAAAUGUUUAGCGAUGUAACAGAUUUGUUGCAAAGCAAUCUUCCAAUUGUUGAAAAAGAAAGUACUUCAAAAAUAGGUUUAUCAAACUUAGAUUCUCAAAGAAUGUUCGCCACUGUUUGUUCAGGAAAAACAGCAAAUAUUUUUUGCCCCUCUUUAAAACUAUUGCACAUUCGAUCGGCUGUUUAUGGAAAACAAGAGGGACCUAGUUGCAAUGAAAAAGUUCGCCGUGAUUCCAUAACUUCAUGCUCUACUCAGGACGCUGAAAGGGUUGUCAAAGAUUUAUGCGACGGACAACAAUCUUGUGAUUUAUUCUCUGAACCCGAUUUAUAUGGUAGAUCACUGUGCGAUGCUAAAGCGCAAAAGUAUUUACAUGUAGAAUACACUUGUGACGGUCACUCCGAUUUAAGUCUACAACUUAGCAAAAACCGGCAACCGUUUAUUUAUCAACCUCAAGAAACACCUCAAAACCCUUUUCUUCGUUCAGCAAUCCCUUUACCAGAAUAUCAAUACAAUCAGUGGUUUCAACUUUGGAGAAAGUCGUUGCCAGUUUCUUAUCCGCAAUAUAAUGGUUUUCUAAACGAACAGCAAUUUGCAUUACAAAAUCAAAAAAUAGAACAGCAAAAAAUUUACGAACAACAGCUUGCUUUUCAAAGAAGUUUGUAUCUUCAAAAACAGAAAGAAGUAAUGGCAAAGAAAAUUCAAGAUUCCGCUAACGUCCGUUCAUUAAAUGCAGCAAAAUAUUUACCUGGAAAAAAUACAGUGACUCAAAGACAAAGUAUACAGUAUCAGACUCCUGUUUCAGCUUAUCCGACAAACCAAAUAACUUACCCUAAUCAUCAAGAUUUGAGUUUAACAUCAUCGUAUCAACCGUACUCUAAUUAUAUUGCUUCACAGCCUUGGUCAGGUACUGAGCCCGUUAAAUUGUGGCCUCCUACAGAUGAAAGUUCAAAUAUCUGGAAUAAAGGUAUAAAUGCAAAAAAAUAUUUUGGUACUCGACACAGUACGUGUGAACAGUGCAACGGUGACUGUAGAAAUUAUUUAUGCUACGGAUGUGGAGGUUGUCAAGAACCUCCUCCAGAGCAGCAAACCUACUACUAUCCUUACCAACGUCACGACGCAGGUUACCAUGAUGCAUUUUUAGGUAACGAAAUGGCUCUUUCUGGAAUGGUCAUUUGGCCACUACCAAAAAUGCCAUGGAAAAUUGAAGCUGAAAAGGUUGACCAACAAAAUAAGCUGGCAAGAUCAAAAGUUGAAAAAGAUGACGAUGACGACGAUGAUGAUAAUAAUGACGGGAAUGACGACGACGACAAAGAAUCAGACGAUAAAGAUUCAUCUUUAAAAAAGUCAAAUAUUACAAAUAAAAAAAAAAUAACAAAAAACACUAAAAAUAUUAAAAAUGCAAAACGUGGACAAAAUAAAUCACACAAAAAAUUGACUUACAAGAAGCUGAGUAAUCCCACAUUUGUGAAAAAAAUAAAUAAAAAAAAGAAAGCUUAGUUUGCAUUGAACACGAAAUGUGUUGUUAUAAAUAUAAAUAUAUUCCAAAAAGUAUAUCGAAUUAUAUCAAAAAUGCACGUGACGUCAUAAACGGUGUUUUACUAAAACAUUAAAAAUUUUAAAAAGAAAAGAAACAGACAAUCUGUAAUUCUUCUAUCAGCUUUAAUGUUUUUAUAUAAAAAGAUAUUAAAUUCAUUUUUUUUUUAA